AUGAACAAAUUUACAUUAAGGUUUCCACCAUAAUUAGAAAAAAAAUAUGAAGAAUUUACCAGAGAAUCAUGCUUAUUUCAUUUUUAAUGUUAUCAACCAAUCUUAAUUAUCAUCAAUUUAAGUGUUGCCAUUAUUCAACUCAAAGGAGGAUAAAUAGCUAAUGGACUUUUAGAAUCUGUUGCCACUUUGUUUUUUAUUAUAUAAAUUCCAUUUAUUGUCAAAUUUCGUAAAGAAUAAAGCAUUUGUGGUGUUUUCGUUAUCAACAAUUUAAUUAUGACAGGAAUACAAAUACUUGUUGAUAGAAAUACUCCAUCAUAUGAUAAUCAAUACAUUUCAGGAUGUGGAAUUGCAAUCAUUAAUAUUACAUUAUUAGAACAUUAUGAUUUCUUAUGGAAUGCUUUUGCUUUGAUUCUUGUUACAACAUCUCGACUUAUUUAUAUUUUAUUUUACUUUACUUUUGAUGGAAUGGCUGUUCUUUAUAUACUUGUAUCAUUAUAUUUAUUAAUACUUCUCUAUAGAAAAUCAUUUGUCAAAAGAACAUUAUUCAUUUAAUAUCAAAAUGAAAAAGAAAUAAGUAAUUUUAUCAUACAUUAUAUAGGAAAUGUCUUAAAUGAAAUAAUUGAAGAUAUUUAUAUAUAAUUUAAGUUUGAUCAAAAAUCAUUUUAAUUCGAAUUAAAAUAUGCAAAUCAUUAUGCAGAAAAAAGACUUGGAAUCACCUGCAAUUAAGAUUUUAAAGAUUUCUUACAUCAAUACUCCAUUUUUGAUACAACCUAACAACAUAAAGUAUAAUUAAAAUUAAAUCAAAAUCUUCAACGUAGUACAGCAUUUGAUUUCCAAAACAUAGGACAAUUUUUAUAUGAAAAAAUGAUUAUCUCAAAAAAUCCCUUAUCAAAGUUAGAAUCAAUCAUUUAAAAAAAUAGUUCUUAAUAAUUAUACAAUAUUAAAGUUUAUGCUUAUUAAAAUGAGAGCAUGGAAAUACUUAUGUUGAUGGAAUAAAAGUAGGAUAUUUUACACGAUGAUGCUAUUUUGAAAUUAAAAGAUUAAGAAAUCAAACUAUUGUCCAGUAAAUUAGAUAAAAUUAAUACAAGAACGAAUAAAUAAUUAUACUAACUCUGUUAAUUACAAUAAAACACUGAUGAUAGAUAUUACUUUAAAGUGAGUGAAUCUUUAAUAAGUGGUUAGAUAAUUUCAAAUACUAAAAUAAAAAUGGUUUUAGAUGCAUUUUAGAUAUAUUAUUUCAAAAAUACUAUUCCAGAAUUGGAAACAUUUUCAUUAAAAAAUCUAAUUUAUCAAUCUUUAAUAAUAAUGAAUAACGUAGCUGAUGUAGAAAACAAAUCAAUUUAAUUCGAAUCUAAUAUGUCAGAAUAUUUUGUUAUUACAUCAAUAUAACAAAUAGUUUAAUUUAUAUUUUCAAAUCUUUUAUAUUUGUUUCUAAUAUAAAAGUCUCAUAGACAUAUAAAGGUGGAAUUGAGUAAUAUUGAAGCAGAAGAAUGUUUUGCUUUUAAUUUUUAUAUAGAGGGAUUUAUUUCAUUAGAAUUCUUACGAUAGAAUACAUUUAUAAUAUAAAUGAUAUAUAGAGGAUUAUAAAUAGUAGGUCCUAAGGCAGAAAUUAAAACAAUUUCAUUUUCAUAAAAUACAUGUACAUAUUAUUAGAUUUAAUAAUAGGUCCUCAUUAAUUAUAAGUUAGAAUAUAUAAAAAUCUUGAUUUUGUUCUAAAUGGAUGA